AUGACGUCAGCUCCAUACUUGGCAUUGAAGGUUUUGAACCAACUCGCAAUCGAUGAGGGUGCUUCAUUUCCGUUGGCGACUCCCAUAGUCGAUCGUCAAACGUACGUCGACGACUUUAUUUUCGGUGCCGACGACAAGGCGAUCGCUCGUCAAACGCGCGAUCAGGUUGCUUCCCUUCUAAAAAGAGGUGGAUUCGUGCUUAGAAAAUGGGCAAGCAACCUGUCCGAACUCCUUGACGAUGUCGAAGCUACCGAUCACGGUCUCGCUCACGGCCGAGAGUUACGAGAAGAUGAGAGCUUAAAAAUUCUCGGUCUCACAUGGAAACCAGAUCGCGACAUCUUCCAAUUUAUCGUUACAAUUUCCGAUCCGCCUGGCGAUACCAAAAGAAAAAUCCUGUCCGCCAUCGCUAAGCUUUUCGAUCCACUCGGAUGGGCAACUCCCGUGAUUAUUCGAGCAAAAAUUUUGAUGCAACGCCUUUGGAUAGCCAACUGUGAUUGGGACGACGUCGUCCCAUCGAAACUGCUUGAAGCCUGGCAACAUUAUCACAUUCAUCUCCAUCAACUGGAAGAGGUGACGAUUCCCCGCUGGACUCAACUCAGUCAGCAAGUACAGUAUCGAGAAUUGCACGGAUUCUCAGAUGCAUCAACCAAGGCAUCCGCUGCAGCGGUGUACCUUCGCGUUGUCAAGAUGAACGGGAUGGUCUCGGUCAAUCUCCUAGCCGCAAAAUCAAAAGUCGCUCCCGUCAAGACAAUUAGCGUUCCGCGACUUGAGUUAUCCGCCGCUCAGUUACUCGCACGACUCAUCCAAUUUAUUCGCGAAUCCCUCGACUUUCAGGAGACAAAAGUUUCUUGUUGGACCGAUUCCACAAUCACACUUGCUUGGUUGAGCCGACCUUCCACUACAUGGAAGACCUUUAUCGCCAACAGAGUCGCCGCGAUUCACACUCUACUACCGGAAACUCCAUGGCGUCACAUACCGACUAAAGACAAUCCUGCCGACUGUGCGUCGCGCGGCAUUUCUCCAAACGAUCUUGCCACAAAUAUUCAUUGGUGGUCAGGACCCGAUUGGCUUACUCAAUCUUCCGAGCAUUGGCCUAGCUCUCCAUCGGAUUUCGACCCCCGCGCGCUCAGCGAACAACGCGAAAACCAAUCUCUAAAUGCCACCGUUGUCGCACCGUGGGAUCUAUCACAGCGUUAUUCAUCAUGGAGCAAGCUCCUUCGAAUAACAGCCUACAUCUAUCGAUUCGUAACGAAUUCCCGCGCUCGAAAUACCGAUACCAACACGACGAUACGACAACCUAGUGCUCGAAUCUAUUUAACUCCGACUGAGAUUAAGUCCGCGGAAGCCUUUUGGAUUCGUCACAUUCAAGCCGAAAUUUUCCCGUGCGAGAUUUCGUCACUCGGCAAAGCGGCUCCAAUAAAGAAGACCAGCUCAUUGCUGUCAUUGAAUCCAUAUCUCGACGAUAACCAAAUGAUUCGACUUGGUGGCCGGCUUCGGAAUGCCACCUUGACCGACGACAUUCGCAAUCCGAUUGUCCUCAAAGACCAUCCCUUGGUCAGGAUUAUCAUAAUGGACACCCACCGACGAUCUCUGCACGCUGGAUCCCAAUUAACGCUGGCUCGCCUUCGAGAAAAAUUUUGGAUCUUACGAGCUCGCUCUCUAGUCCGCGCUGUACUAUACUCAUGUGUACCUUGUACACGAGAGAAGGCUCAGAUUCCCACCGAACUUAUGGGUGACCUUCCGAAUGUAAGAGUAAAUCGCUCAAAUCGAGCGUUCGAACAUACCGGUGUCGAUUAUGCCGGUCCUAUCCUCGUGCGUACCUCUCGUGGACGAGGCCAUAAGGCACACAAAGCCUAUAUUUCCGUGUUCGUCUGUAUGACGACAAAGGCGAUCCACCUCGAGCUCGUCAGCGAUUACUCGUCAGACGCUUUUAUCGCUACAUUACAUCGCUUCGUGUCCCGCCGCGGAUAUCCUUCGUCGAUUUAUUCAGAUAAUGGAACUACGUUCCAAAGUGCCGAUCGAGAACUUAGAAUCGCAAUUGCGAAGGCUCUCGAAAAUUCGGACUUCCAAAACGCGCUUUCGACCGACGCCGUAACAUGGCAUUUUGUACCACCUUCCGCUCCACACUUCGGUGGACUAUGGGAAGCUGCCGUACGCAGCGUCAAGUACCAUUUAAGACGCUGUAUCGGGUCACACACACUGACAUUCGAAGAACUAACCACAGUUCUUUGUCGUAUCGAAUCCUGUUUGAAUUCUCGUCCUCUUGGCUCCGUGUCCGACAAUUUCGAUGAUUAUAAUGCGCUAACGCCAGGACACUUCUUAAUCGGAGGACCAAUUCUGGCUGCGCCACAGCCGAGCGUUCUCGAUCAUAACGAAACUCGCCUUUCCCGCUGGCAACACAUUACCGAAAAAUUUUGGAAAUCUUGGUCAAACGAUUAUUUAUAG